AUGAGCUUAAUUUCCAUCGAGUACUAUCUCCGCCAAAACAUGAUCUCUUGCUCUUCCUUCUUCGACAUCCCCUUCCUCUUCACACUUGCAACCAUCCUUGUAGUCACCUUGUUCAUCCUAAAGCAGAAGCUAUCCAAAACCGCCGUCGUUUCAAACCUGCCACCGGGGCCAUGGAAGCUUCCCAUCAUAGGAAACAUCCACCAGAUGUCCGGCGACCAGCCUCACCGCCGGCUCAGGGACCUGUCCCUCAAACACGGCCCCGACGUGAUGAGCCUCCAGCUCGGGGAGCUCCCUUACAUCGUAAUCUCAACUCCUGAAGCCGCCAAGCUCGUGUUGAAAACCCACGACCUAGCUUUCUCCUCACGGCCUCAUCUCCUGGCCGCGGACAUACUCUUCUACGGUUGCAAGGACAUAGCUUUGGCGCCCUACGGAGAUCACUGGCGCCAGAUGCGCAAGAUCGCCACAAUGGAGCUUCUCAGCGCGAAAAGGGUCCAAUCUUUCCGCCACAUCAGGGAAGAAGAGGUCUCCAAACUCGUGGCAUCUCUUACUACUGCGGCAGCUUCAGGGCAGCCUGUGAAUCUGUCUCGGAUGUUGUCCACCGUAACGAGUUCCAUAACUUCCAGGGCAGCAUUCGGUAAAGCGCAAGAACUGACCGAUUCUUUCAUGGUCGUUGUCGAUAAUAUGUCGGAAUCUGUUUCAGGUUUCGGAAUCUCCGAUCUCUAUCCUUCCUUCAAGUUGCUGCCUGUCCUCACCGGGUUCAAAGCUAAGCUAGAGAAGAUGUCCAAGGCGUCGGAUUCUGUACUGGAUCAAGUAAUCGAUGAACAUAGAGCCAGAAGAAGGGCGGGGAGAAAAGGCGAUGAUGAAAGAGAGGAUCUUGUUGAUGUCCUUCUGGAUCUUCAAGAGAAACAUAAUGUUCUCGGAAUACCCAUCACAAUAGAGGUCAUAAAAGCCGUCACUUUAGAAAUGUUUCUGGCUGGUAUUGAGACAUCGACAACGGUACUGGAGUGGGCCAUGUCAGCGAUGAUAAGAGAUUCGAGAGUGCUACAGAAAGCACAACAAGAGGUCAGGCAGAGUUUAAGACUGCAUCCACCACUUCCUUUGCUUAUUCCAAGAGAAAAUAGAGAUGGGAAGGUGGAACUCAAUUCGUACGAGGUCCCGGCGAACACCAGCGUCCUCGUGAACGCCUGGGCGAUAAAUCGGGAUCCUCGUUACUGGACAGAAGCGGAGAGGUUCUUCCCGGAAAGAUUUAUGGAUUUUCCGAUCGAUUAUAAGGGGACCGAGCUCCAAUUCAUUACAUUGGUGCCGGAAGAAGGAUGUGUCCUGGAGUUACUUUUGCAAUGA